AUGCAAAAAAAUAUCCUGGUUGAAGUGAUUGUAUAUAAAUGAACACAAAACACAUGCCUUGUUUAAAUUUUCACAAUGUUUUAUGCAAACCUGUAUGUAGAUUUCGAAGUCGGUUAUCUUAAGUUAGAGCAGAUAUACAAACAAUAAUGGCACGAUAUGACUUGAAUGCUAUGCAAUUAGACCUCAGAAGGGAGUUGGAGAACGGUUUUCUGGAGGAGUCGGAGGAGAUGGUAAAUACCAUUAAAAUGAUUAUGUCGAAUUACGAAAGUCAUCCAAAGGACUGGGAAAGCAAGGAAAAGUGGAGCGAUAAAAAAUAUACAAGAACUCUUCUGGACAAAGGGAAUGGUCAUUACAAUCUGAUGAUAUUGUGUUGGAACACUGGUCAGGAAAGCCCUAUACAUAAUCACCCUAAAUCACACUGCUUCAUGAAGACUCUGAAGGGAGAAGUGUUCGAGGAGUUGUAUGAAAAUCCGGAUAUGACGUCGUGUUGUGGAGGCAAAAUGAAGAAAAUUCAAGACCGGGUAUAUACACUCAACGAUGUGGCCCAUAUCACUGACGCAGACGGACUUCAUCGAGUGGGAAACAAAAGUCACGUGGAGGGCGCUGUCACUCUACACCUUUAUUCCCCGCCCUUUUCCUCGUGUAAAAAAUAUGAUGACGACACGGGGAAAUCUACAGAGGUCCCGAUGGGUUACGAUCAGGACUUUACUGAACAGUGCUGCUCUCGCUCAUGUUGUGAAAAGUAACUUUUCUAUGUGGAAAUGCGGAAAUUAAAGUCAUUCAUUUCUUAAGGUAGAAGUUAAGUAGUACUACUUGUUUGUUUUUAGAUACUAGUGUUAUGAUGCGAAUAUUUUAUUUCGUAUUGUUAUAUUUGUAACAAUUAUUUUUUACAUAUUCACCUUUUUGUUGUUUUAUUUAUUAUUUUUAUUUAUUUACUUAUUUAUUUUUUGCAAUUUAAGAGAUUUUUUAUAUGAUAUAGAGAAAGCAGGUAUAUUUACUGCAGCCUCUCGUACAAAUAAACUGUUUUAUAUUAAUUCUGGAAUUUCUAAAUUAAUCUGAAUCUCUCUGAUACAAUUCUAUAUCGAAAUGUUUUUAAAUAUAGCAUUUUAUUUUGAUGACAGAUUUAAUGUUUAGAUAAUUUGGUGAAUGUCUGAAUUGUUAUAUUUGUUUUAAGCAAUAUAUAUCAUCAUGACUCAGCAGA